GGGUUUCUCUUUCUUGGCCGGGAAUCAGAUCUCCGGCAUUGACUCACUUCUCCGCUAACUCUCAGGCUUGAAACUACAGCAGAGAUCUAUCGGUUUAAUGAGCUGUAAUUGGAGCAUUUUUUAGGGAAUUGGGAGAAAUCUGGGUUUUGUCGACACUGUUUGACCUCAAACUGGGCAGGGCAGACUCCAUGAAAAUGAGGUUAGCAGUUGAGGGUUUCCUUGGUAAAAUGCAAUUCAGGGCAAGAUUGGGUUUUUAAUCAAGAAUGCACUUUACUAAGAAGUCUGGGAGAAAGUUUUUACCUGGAAGUAUCAAGGAGGAUUCUGCAAACAAGCAAUAGACAUGAGCAGGCAAGGGGAAGAAGAGUUCCAAUUUCAGCACACAUGGGUUCCGGCUACCCCGUUCAGGCCCAUUUUCCUCGAACCGCCACAGAUCUAUGCUGAAAAAGAAGUGAACCAGACAAACCAUGCAAAUUGGUUAGGAACAGAGAGAUGCUCUCCUGGUUUUGCUGGGGAGCCUCAAGCUAAUCUACUGUCUGCAUGUCUUAGUUCUGCAGAUUGUGCAGGGGUUAAUAACUUACAGGCAGCGUUGGCUGGGAGAGGCGGCAUUUCCAAUGGUAGCAUGGCAUGCAGACAGUUUCCAAUUGACCCGACUGCUGAGUUUAGCAAUGUUUCUUUCGGAGAUCUCUUGGCCCUGGCAAAUGCAGCAUCUAAAACAUGUUCAAGGGCAUCACCUCAGAGGAAUGACAGCAUGACAACCGGUUCUACCAUCUCCACACUGGAUUCUCAGAGUGACAGUAACCAAGUGGAGCCUGGCUCUGGGGGUCCUUGGCUCACUGAAGAAGAUUUCUCAAACAUUCAGACUGAUCCCAACUGCACUCCAAGAAAACAUCAAAAUGAAAGCAUUCCUCAGCAAUCCUAUAUUCUUAAUUUGCUUCCUGGGACAAUGGCAAAUGCACACUUGCACAAAAGCAUCUCUGAGUUUGCACCAUUAACACCAGAUAAGGCCAUAAGGGUGGGAAGGAAAGAGGCCCCAGAAAUGGAAAGUUUACAGCCAGAUGACAGAACAAGCCCAGAGAGAGGGAAGCAUGGGAAUAAACCUACUGCCACAAUACUUGACUCCAACAGCCUUCAAUUUGGUAUAGACCUCCAAGAUCCUGCUACAGGUUCAUCAAUGGUUCUGGCUCCAACUGAGGAGAACCAAAAUCCUGACAAGGGAGGUAGCCAAGUAAUUGAAAUAAGUGAAACACCACAGCAAAAACCAAGGAGGAAAAAGCACAGGCCCAAGGUAAUUACAGAGGGCAAACCCAGGACUCGAAAGCCACGGACACCAAAGAGCAAUGGUUCUCAAGAAAAUCCAACAGCUAAGAGGAAGUAUGUGCGUAGGAAGGGAGUCAACAAAGACUCAAAUACUCCCCCAGCAGAAGCAAGUGGAGAGAGCACAACACGUAAGAGGAAGUAUGUACGUAGGAAAGGAGUCAACAAAGACUCAAAUACUCCCCCAGCAGAAGCAAGUGGAGAGAGCAUGACAGGUAAGAGGAAGUAUGUGCGAAGGAAGGUCCCUAAUAAAGACUCAACAACUCCCACCACACAAGAAAGUGGAGGGUCUGCUACUGCCCCUGAAACACUUGAAUCUAAGAAAAAGUCAUGCAGAAGGGCCUUAAAUUUUGAUGUGGAAGGACAGCAGGAAGUUGAACUUUCUACAUGCAAGUCAGCUUACAAUAAUUCGGGGUCAGGCACACAAAGCCUUUGGACUUCAGGAGGUCCAGCAAAAUCAGCACUGCAUCUUGGUGAAGGAGUUGAAGUGACAGUAGAAAAUGAACAAGCAGUGAGCAUUGCUGAUGACAGAACCUGUUCUCAGAAUCAAAUUCCAAAAAAUUACACACCCUUGUCUGAAGGACAAGCACCAAGCACACCGCUUCCUGCCAAGAAUAAACCUCCACGGGGUAGACGGAAAGCCAAUUCUCAAAAGCAGAAUAAUGUAGAAGGAAAAGAUCAUGCAACCACCCAUGAUGGACCCAAGCAUAAUGCACAAAUCAUGUUACAAACAGGCAUUCGAUUGUCACAGAAAAUCCCAAGUAGCUGCAAUUGUGGCAUGUGCUUUAUGUUGGAGGAAGGACAAGCAAGGGAGUUGAAGACAAAUAAUUACAAUUGUACUGAACAACCAAACACUGGUAACACAAAUGCACAUGGCAGUCACUACAACAGUUUAUGCAGAUAUAGGGCAAUGUCAUGUAUGCAUUUUCCAAAUAUUCGCAAGAGAAAAAGAAGAGAUAAAGGGCAAAAUUCUUCCAUCUCAGGUGUAUCAUCGCUGAGUGAAGUUCCAGCAACACCUGGAGAAGCAGUAAGAGAAGAUCAUCAGAAUAUACAAGCGGCUUUUGGCAGCAUCAUGGCUUUAAAUCAGAAUGUGAGGCUGAAAAAGAAGAGAUCAAAAGCCUCCACUCAGGUUCAGGACUUUGCUUUACUGAGUAGCAUUGCAGAGUGCACAGAUCACCUGACUUGCAACAGAGAAGCAGCUGGGAACUGUGGCAGGAAAGAAGUUGGAGACAGACCUCAUAAAAGUAUGGAAGCUCUAGUUGCAGAAAUGCAAUCCACACUGGCAAGAAAGAAGCGAACUAAGAAGAGAAACUCCCUUGUAAAUGCAGCAUCCUCCAGCAUAAGUGAAGUACAAACACCCCAAAAAAUUGUCUUAUACAAUCACAAACAAUUGUUUUCAGGUGCUCCUACAGAAGCACUAUGGAAAGAGAUGUCUAUUAAUGCAAUUAGUGAGCAGUUCAACCAGCUCAGUAUUAACAGAGAAGGUAGCUAUAAUGCAUAUCAACAGCAGAACGCAAUUGUCCCUUACAAUAUGAAAUAUCAGGGGCAGAAUGCACUUGUUCUUUAUACAAGAGAUGGCACUGUUGUACCCUAUGCCGUGAAGAAACGACGGCCACGACCUAAGGUUGAUCUAGACGAAGAAACCAAUAGGGUAUGGAAGCUUUUAUUGGGAAAUAUCAAUAGUGAAGGUAUUGAUGGAACUGAUGAAGAAAAGGCAAGAUGGUGGGAGGAAGAAAGGAAAGUAUUCCGUGGACGAGCAGAGUCAUUUAUAGCACGCAUGCAUCUUGUACAAGGGGAUAGACGGUUCUCUCAAUGGAAGGGAUCAGUUGUUGACUCUGUAAUUGGAGUCUUUCUUACUCAGAAUGUCUCUGACCAUCUUUCCAGUUCAGCAUUCAUGUCUCUCGCUGCACAUUUCCCGCUAAAACCAAAGAUCAGUGAGCAACCAUGUACCGAAGAGGGCACAAGCUUAAUAAUUGAUAGACCAGAAUUCUAUGUCUUGGAUCCUGAAGAGACUGCUGAAUGGAAUGAGAAGCCAAUUCAUCCAGUACAUGACCAGAGUUCUGUGACUUUCCAUGACUCCAGGCAGUUUGAAGACAAAGAGGCUGUCAACAGCAAUGACUUGUCUGGAAGCAGUACUGGUAUCACAAGCUCAAUAAAUGAAUCAAAGCAUGAGAUGCUGAAUUAUUCUCCUAGGGAUUCAGAAACAUGCUAUGACUCUGCGGCAAAUGGAUCAGAAAUGCAGAUAAUUGGGGGAGAAAAUGAAUGUUUUCAAUAUGAUGAAGCAACAAAUGAUGCCCUCUCGUCUCAGAAUUCUGUGGUUCCCUCUCAAAACUCUCAGGAUUCUUCGAUUGCUCAGACAACUGAAAGAACAGGGUCAAGCUCAGAAAGCAACUCAGAAGCUGGGAAUCAUAUCAAGGAAGCUAAGUUAAACAUGUUGAAUAACUCUUGUUCUUUUGUAAAACUUUUAGAGAUGGCAGGAUCAACCAAGCUACAUGAAGUUUAUGUUCCUGCAAACCACAGUAUGUCAUUCAACGAGAACUUGUCUCAAGGAAAUCAAUGUCAGAACAACCAAAGACAAGGCAUGGAUAAUUUAGGGGAUCCUACAACCUUCAUGGGAGAAUCCAUUAUUCCAUCAGCGAAUUCUCAUCCACAUCUUAGUCUCAACUCCGAAGUAGUGGCAGUUGAGCACUCUGAGAUGUUCAAGGAAGAAGCAAGAUCUUCUGAAAUGUCAAAGACCACAGAUGAGAACAGCAUGAAGGAACGAAGUCUGUUAGCCAACAAUUCUGCAUAUCAAAUGACAGAUAAAAGUGAUGCAGUUACGAACAUUCAAUGGGUACUAAAAUCCUCUGGUGAAUAUAAUCAUUCAAGCAACAACAGUCGAAGAGAUAAGAAUACAGUUACUCAGUGUCAAGUUGAGCAGCAUGGAGAAUGUGGAAAUUCAGUUGAAUCAUCAGCUCAAGUACCAAAAAGAGAAAUGCUGAGGCAUGUGAAUCAGCAAAACCACUCAGGAGAGAUCAUAGAUGUUACAGAAAGUACCACCAUAUUUGUCAACCAGAGAAAUACCAAGCAGAAAACAGAAGAAUCAAACAUGUUUGAGCAUGGCCAUUCAUUUAAUAAGGAGCACAAUGAGAUGGAAACUGCUACUUCAAAAUCAAAAGGUAGAAAAACUGUAAAGGAUAAGAAAGAGAAUUAUGACUGGGAUAGCUUAAGAAAACAGGCGGAAGCCAAUGGGAAAAAAAGAGAGAGAACAGAGAAGACAAUGGACUCACUGGACUAUGAAGCAGUGAGAUGUGCAGAUGUUCAAGAGAUUGCCGACACCAUUAAGGAACGAGGGAUGAAUAACAUGCUUGCAGAGCGAAUAAAGGAUUUCCUUAACCGCCUAGUUAGAGAACAUGGAAGCAUUGAUCUGGAGUGGCUAAGGGAUGUUCCACCUGACAAAGCAAAAGAGUAUCUGCUAAGUAUAAGAGGACUGGGGCUAAAAAGUGUGGAGUGUGUGCGGCUUUUGACACUUCACCAUCUUGCUUUUCCAGUUGACACAAAUGUUGGACGGAUAGCUGUUCGAUUGGGAUGGGUCCCCCUUCAGCCACUACCAGAAUCACUUCAGUUGCAUCUCCUAGAACUGUACCCAAUCCUGGAAUCCAUUCAAAAGUAUCUUUGGCCCCGAUUGUGCAAGCUCGACCAAAGAACAUUGUAUGAGUUGCAUUACCAGAUGAUCACUUUUGGAAAGGUGUUCUGUACAAAGAGCAAACCAAAUUGUAAUGCAUGUCCAAUGAGAGGAGAAUGUAGACAUUUUGCAAGUGCUUUUGCAAGUGCAAGGCUUGCCCUUCCAGGGCCAGAAGAGAAAAGCAUUGUCACUGCAAAUGAAAAUACAGCACAUGGUCAAAAUCCUGCUGUGACCGUUGAUCAACUGCCUCUGCCCUUACCCCAGCCAACAGAACAACCAGAAGGAAACCAACAGCCUGAGACAAACAUCCAUUCAGAAGCAAAAUAUGGACUCAAGAAAUGUGAGCCUAUAAUUGAGGAACCAGCAUCACCAGAACCAGUGUGCACACAAGUAUCAGAAAAUGACAUUGAGGAUAUUGAGGAUUCAUUCUGUGACGAUCCUGACGAAAUUCCAACAAUCAAGCUUAACAUGGAGGAGUUCACUCAGACUUUACAAAACUAUAUGCAAAACAAUAUGGAACUUCAAGAAGGUGAUAUGUCAAAGGCUUUAGUUGCUUUAACAGCAGAAGCUGCAUCUAUCCCCAUGCCCAAGCUUAAGAAUGUCAGUCGGCUACGGACAGAGCAUCAAGUCUAUGAACUUCCAGAUUCACACCCUCUUCUGGAAGGGUUGGAUAAACGAGAACCCGAUGAUCCAUGCAAGUACCUUCUUUCAAUAUGGACACCAGGUGAAACAGCAAAUUCUAUUCAACCACCUGAAAGAAAGUGCAGCUCCCAAGAGCAUGGCAACUUAUGUGACGAUAAGACAUGUUUCUCAUGCAACAGUAUACGUGAAGCAAAUUCACACAUUGUUCGAGGAACACUUCUGAUACCAUGUCGAACAGCAAUGAGAGGGAGUUUUCCUUUAAAUGGAACAUACUUCCAGGUUAACGAGGUAUUUGCUGACCAUGAAUCCAGUCUGAGGCCAAUUGACGUCCCUAGAGAAUGGUUAUGGAAUCUCCCAAGGAGAACUGUGUACUUCGGGACCUCCAUACCCUCAAUAUUUAAAGGUUUAACAACAGAAGGGAUUCAACACUGUUUCUGGAGAGGUUUUGUUUGUGUGCGGGGAUUUGACCAGAAAACAAGAGCACCACGUCCUCUGAUUGCCAGAUUGCAUUUUCCAGCAAGCAAGUUGAACAAGGCAAAGGGUAAGGCUGCUGCGAAUGAUGAAUAGACUUAGAUGAUGCUGUGGUCCGAAGGACAGAGACUGAUCAAGAACGACCAAAUAAUCAUGAAUGAAGAGGCAGCAGCACUGCAUUCUUGAAGUGCAACUUCAUUCAUGAGGGACAGCGAGGAAAAUUUCAAGUUGUAUAACCCAAUCAUGAAGAGGGAUGUAACUAGUACAUGGAAUGUACGUGGUUCAUUAACCAAGGUUUCCUUAAUCCAAUGCUCAAAUUCGAGCAAUUUUUCA